CGUAUCUCAGAGCUGUCUGUGGUCUCAGCCUCCUAGUUCAUUCUCUUGCAGCUCGUCUUCUUGGUCACUGCCCGCACUCUCUUAUCGUUGCGCACGCCUGCUUAACCUAUUCACUGUACCAGCUGAUCCGUCCCAUCGCCGAGUGAAGCCUUGCCCGUGAUCUGCAACCAUGUCAUCGACGAUUGUCAUUCCGAAUGCUCGUCCCUCGGGCUCCAGCUACGAGAAGAGCCCCAAGGCCACCACGAGCUCUUCAUCCUCCUCGUACUCGAGCUCCCCGCAAACAUCAGGCCAUGGCAUGCCUUCACCGUCACAAUCAAGUCACAAGUCGAAGAUGGCCCACCAACGCCGACCCAGUCUUCUCAGCGAUGCCUUCUGCAAAGACGAAUGCACCGUCAUCAACAUCGGUGAUCCGGAUGGACCGCCUCGUUUGAUCUCUUAUCUCUCCUCGAGCCAAGGGUUUGCAUGGAAUCCUGAAAUCUUCCUCCCCUCCUACGUCGACUGCGAUUACACACCGCUAGAAAACCGCCGGGAGCCGGUGCACGAGAUUCUGCUGAGCGAAGAGGAGGUCAAGAACAUGCUGCCCAAGUAAGGAGCGCAAUCGCGGACUUGAUAUUUGGUUUGCGUUUCUAGACUCGACUUCUCACGAGAACAUACCCCGAAACACUUCAACUCCAUGGCGUCUGGUUUCGGCUAUUGGCACUUCCUGAAAGGACAGUGUAUGUUGAUGACGAGGGACUGUUUUUACACCAGGCGGCGUACUCUGGACGGAUGGACGGUUGAACAUACUACGAGCCCCGAACGACACGGCUCUAACCUUGACUUUACCACGGCUGGGUCAUAAGCACAAGGGGAGCUCGGAGUUUACAUGGCAUCUCGGAAGGAGUUUCCUAUAUGAUGGUUCUAUUUCCUCACCCCGUUGGAUUGCUUUGGCUGGCGUUGGGUUUUCUCCAGGAGGUCGUUAGAGUGUAU